AGUAGAUCCUGCCAACCUGUAACAACUUUCCCACAACCCUUUCCGUCAACGUAUGGAGAGAGAAUCAGAGAUAUAAAUGUUUCUGUUCGCACUAUCAAACCCUCGUAUUUCCAUCUCAAUUCUCUCAAUUACACCCCGCCAAAUCCCUAACUUCGAAUCCUCCAAUUCACCGCCCAAUCUCGCCCAAAUCAUCUCUUUUCACAACCCCCCCCCCCCCCCCCCCCCCCCCCACAAAAAAAACCAAAUCUAGGGUUUUGCGAUCCCCCAAUUGUUAGAUUCCUCCCCGUGUUAUUGCAUUAGUUGUUUAUUUGAUCUGGGUCUGGACCGUCUGGUUUGUUUUGGUUCCUUCUUGAAGAGCAGGGAAAAUAAAGCUCUGAUUUUAAUUAAUUAAUGGUUGAUGAUUCAGGGCUCGUUUUCCAACUCGCUUUCGUCAUCGAAUUCGAAUAGAAGGUCAAGGGAUUGAUGGUUUGAGGAGUGAACAGCGGCCUGCAUCUGUUCUUAAAACUGGAGUCAUCGAGAUGUCGGUAUUGAAUCGCAACAGCAUUAAUUUGAUCAACUGUUUCUUUCACUUCGCUGAGUGGCAUCCAUUGGAAUAGCGAUGGUGCUUGAGCCCACAAUCUCUGUGAACUAGGUUCUGAGAUUGCAAUUUUUAUAGUAAAUUGCGAUUGUCACUUGAAGGCUGAAGCUUUUCAUGUUUAACAAGAGCUAUUUAUUUGCAAGAGUGGCUGAUAUGGGCUGCUGUGGUUGUUUUGGAUUUUCGUUUGCAAGAAAAUUCAAAAGCCUGGCAAGGUUUAACAUUCAGCGGGGCAAUAAUGCAUCACAGGCGUACUUGCUGAAUGAGGAACCUGAAGAAGAAGAUGAUUGUUCAUAUAAUGGUGAUGUAACUGAGACAGGACAUGAAGAGGAUGGAGAGCUGAGAAGCCCUACUAAACGUUCCGAAGAGAUUAUCACGUAUAGAAUUCAACAUGGAUUGAUUUGUAGGGAAUUUCCUGUUAAGGAAACCCACAAACUUACACGUUCAGAGGAUGAAGAUGGGAACAAGAUGGUUAAUGAAUAUGUUCGUGAAUGCAAGAUUGGUUCUGGUAGCUACGGAAAAGUGGUUCUUUAUCGAAGCAAUAUUGAUGGGAAACAUUAUGCGAUUAAGUCCUUUCACAAGUCUCAUUUGUUGAAACUUCGAGUGGCACCUUGUGAAACUGCUAUGACUGAUGUUCUACGGGAGGUCUUAAUUAUGAAAAUGCUGGACCAUCCCAAUAUAGUUAAUCUAUUUGAGGUGAUUGAUGACCCUACCACUGAUCACUUCUACAUGGUUCUUGAAUACGUCGAAGGCAAAUGGGUCUGUGAAGGUUCUGGUCCACCAGGUGGCCUAGGAGAAAACAAAGCACGGAAGUACAUGCGGGAUGUAGUCUCUGGGCUGAUGUAUCUCCAUUCUCAUAAUAUUGUACAUGGGGAUAUUAAACCUGAUAAUCUUUUGGUCACUGCUGAUGGCAUGGUGAAGAUUGGGGACUUCAGUGUCAGCCAGGUCUUUGAGGAUGAUAAUGAUGAGCUUCGCCGAUCUCCCGGAACACCUGUUUUCACUGCACCAGAGUGCUGUCUAGGUCUAACAUACCAUGGCAAGGCUGCUGAUACGUGGGCAGUAGGAGUUACUUUGUAUUGUAUGAUAUUUGGUAAAUAUCCAUUUCUUGGAGACACUCUUCAGGAUACAUAUGAUAAGAUUGUUAACGAUCCUUUGUCCCUCCCUGAUCGUAUGGAUCCUCUGCUGAAGAACGUACUGGAAGGGUUACUCUGCAAAGAUCCAAGAGAGAGGAUGACUUUGCGGGCAGUUGCGGAGCAUGCCUGGGUAAUUGGAGAAGAUGGGCCUAUCCCUCAGUAUGUAUGCUGGUGCAAGCGCAGAAAGUUGCAGCAGAGGGAAGAAGAAGAAGAAUCCUGUGGCAUUGGCGACGGCAGCUGCUGCAUAGAUAAUCAGGCACUUGCCGAUGACGACCACUAACUUUUUCUGGAUUUUUUUGUUACUUGUAUAGUGGUGGUACAAGACUAGUGCAUUUAUUUGGUUCUUUUUAUCCAAUCAAUUGGGGGGGGGGGGGGGGGGUUGUAAAAAUGCAAAGCGCUGAACAAAGAAAUGGAAGCUUGUCUCUGUAAACUAUAACACGGUGCGGUGUUUUAAUCAAUGGGGGGAGAGAGAGUUGAUGUGUG